AUGGACAAGUACAACGUAAGGAUAGAGCACGAACCAUCCAUGGGCUCUAGCAGCUGGGUGGUGGAGAUGGAGAAGACGAUCGGCGUCAUCGACCCGGCGGUGGAGAUGGCGCGGUGGAAGAGGCACUCCAUCUACCUGGUGCCGGAGCGAAUCAAGAACCUGCACAACAGCAAGGCGUACCGGCCGGAGCUGGUGUCACUGGGCCCCUUCCACCACGGCGAGCCCGACCUGCUCCCCAUGGAGGAGCACAAGCGCCGGGCGGUGGUGCACCUGGUCAAGCGCUCCCGCAAGCCGCUGCGGCAGUUCGUCGCCGCCGUGGCGGAGGUGACGCAGCAGCUUCAGGACGCCUACAAGGACCUCGGCGACGAGUGGCGAGGGCCGGACAACUGCGAGCGGUUCGUAGAGCUCAUGGUCACAGACGGCUGCUUCCUGCUGGAGGCCAUGAGGAUGGACGCGCUGCAGGGGAAGGUACACGAGGAUUACGCGCCCAACGACCCAGUCUUUAGCCAGUACGGCUACCUGUACUUGUGGCUAUAUAUCCAAUCUGACAUGCUAGUCAUGGAGAAUCAGCUGCCUCUGCUUCUUCUCCACAGGCUACUACUCGUUCUAGAUCAUGAAAGAUAUCAGAACGCUCGAGAGAUCAGCAAGUUGGUGCUUGAUUCCCUAUGUCCGUGGCACCGACACAUGGUUGAUACUAAUCCUCCGGGGCUCCAUCCCCUCGACAUCUUACACCAAAGCCUCACCCAUGAUGACCACCAAGACCGCAAAGGAUCAAAAGCGUAUGUCAUGCCCCCUGCAAUGGAGAUCCACGAAGCAGGAAUCAUCUUCAAGGUGAGUGACACUGACAACCUCCUGGACGUCCACUUCAAACACGGCGUGCUAAGCAUGCCGGCGAUGAGGGUCGACGAAGGCACCGAGAAGAGGUUCCUCAAUCUGAUGGCAUUCGAACGGUUGCACCCUCCUGCUGGCAACGACGUGACGGCGUACGUGAUCUUCAUGGACAACAUGAUCAGCUCGGCCAAGGAUGUAGCGCUCCUCAGAUCUAAGAUGAUCAUCGAGAGUGGAUUGGGCAGUGACGAGGAGGUGGCCAAGCUCCUCAACAAUACAUUAAACAAGGGAGGAGUGAUGAGCCCGUCAAGCAGGCUCCACGACGUGCAGCGGCAGGUGAAUGCCCACUGCAUGAAGAGCUUUAAUCGGUGGCGGGCUAACUUCAUACAAACCUACUUGAGGAACCCUUGGGUGUUCAUUUCCCUCGUCGCCACUGUUAUCCUACUAGUCGCCACACUCUUGCAAACCUUCUAUACUGUUGCACCCUUUUACAAGCUCACGUCGUAG